AUGGAUUCAGAUCACAUCAGUCAUCUUCUGGAAGAUGUUUCAACACCGGAAACCAGCGACAUCGAAGACCCGUCUCACGAUGACGAGGGAGAGUAUGGUUCUGAGGAAGAUUAUCGUCCAUCUGCUAAGUCGGAAUCUUCCGAGAAUGAAAUCGGGUUCAAUGGAAUCUCAUCAUGCCAUCUUACUUAUUCUUCGGCUAGUAACGAUAAUAAUGCACCGGUAAGUCCGUCUCUGCUAACUCAAGAAGAUAUAACUGCCGUGAAUACAGUCCUUCAGUCUCCGGAGGUGGAACAGCCUGAUGUACAAACGUCUAGUGAUAAUUUGCUGCCUAACGACAUCGAUAUUUUUCUUCAAUCUCCAGAGGUGGAACAGCCUGCUGCGCAAAUAGUCACCAAUUCAGCGCAGCUCCAAAACGUUGAAGGGUGGUCAAAAACGACUACAUCAAUUGCUGAUUUCCACUUUUACGAGUUAUUAACAGGACCAAAGUUUGAUGUAAAUCUCAUUCACACGCCAAUAGAUAUAUUCCAAUUAGUUUUUCCCGAUAGCCUUAUGGAUCACAUGAUUGAUUGUACAAAUAAGUAUGAUGAGAAACUAUCUAGUCAAGAUGGGUCCCGCACGAGGAAUAUUUGUCACUAUAAAUUUCGACCUGUGGGUAAGCAGGAUAUGUUAUCUGUUUUUGGCUUAUGCCUUCUUCAAGGGCAAUUGAAAUUCCCCGUUAGACAGUUUUUUUUCAAUGAUCCGCUGUACUAA